AAGGAAUAAAAACGCUUUAAAGGUUAAUAUUGUUGUACCACCCCCGAGCAUCAGGUGGCAGCAGCCAUCGCUGAUCCCUACUGAUAAAGACAGGGGAGGAAGCAUCGCUCGCGCUUCCCACUAGCGGAGUUGAACUUUCCAUGUUGAUGUAAAGGUCACAGAAUUAACAUUACCCAUAAAUAAGGCUGCUGCUGCCUCAGGACCUGUUGACCCAACGGUCAGAAACAACAUCAUUCAGACAAGAGAAGCGGCAUCAGCAGAAGCGAUGAGAUUCUGUGCCCUGGUGUCAUGAUGUCAGCAGACGCAGUCCCUGAUCAGUUUGUCAACCCUCCGCCUCCUGAAGUGACCAACCCCAACAAGCCGGGCCGGAGGACUAACCAGCUACACUUCAUGCAGAAUGUCGUCAUCAAGUGUCUGUGGCGGCACCAGUUCGCGUGGCCUUUCCAUCAGCCUGUCGACGCGGUCGCUCUGGGGCUGCCAGAUUAUCAUUCAAUAAUCUUGUCUCCCAUGGAUAUGGGAACAAUCAAGAAACGGCUGGAGAACAACUACUACUGGAGUUCAACUGAAUGUAUGGAGGACUUCAACACUAUGUUCACCAACUGCUACAUAUAUAACAAGCCUACAGACGACAUCGUGCUGAUGGCGCUGGCCUUAGAAAAGGUUUUCCUACAAAAAGUUGCCCAGAUGCCUCCAACAGAAGUUGAGCUUUUGCCUCAAGCAGCCAAAGGGAAGCGCCAGAAAUGUAACGUCUCUGGUGAACAAGCUGGAACUUUGGCUAAACUUUCCUUAUCUACGUCGCCUGCAAAAAAGACGGUUCAGAAAAGGAAGGAUUUGUCACCAGGGACAACAACCUGCAUGAACAAGUUCUCAGAGAGCAAGAGGAGACGUGAAAGCACAGGCACCGUCGCCAGUCCUCAGAGCAACAUUGAUGAAAGGAACUCUCCACAACAUGACACUGAACAGAGUCCACUGAGUGAACAGCUCAAGUACUGUGAGAAUAUCCUGAAUGAGAUGCUCUCUAAGAAACACGCAGCCUAUGCCUGGCCUUUUUACACACCUGUGGACACUGUGGCGCUGCAGCUGCAUGACUACCAUGACAUCAUCAAAUACCCCAUGGAUCUCAGCACUGUUAAAAAAAAGCUGGACGGAGGAGAGUACGAGCAUGCACAAGCCUUUGCUGCAGAUGUUAGGUUAAUUUUUUCCAACUGCUACAAAUACAACCCUCCACACCACGAUAUUGUCACUAAGGGCAAAAAACUUCAAGGCGUGUUUGAAAAGAGGUUCGCAGCAAUGCCUGAGGAGCCUGUGCAGUUGAUUGUGCCAGUGAGCGGUGGGACGAGGAGCAACAGCUCCUCGCAUUUUGACAAAUCUGACUCAACGGAGGAACGUGCAACUGGAUGUUCCGAGUUGCAAGAACAGAUGGGUGCAGAGCAGCUCAAAUCUGGGAGCCAACAGCUCACAUCCCUUUCCGAAACCCUGGUAAACAAACCAAAUAAAAGAGAGAAGUACAAGAUGGAGAACACCAGGCAAACUCGAGACCGUGUGACCUCCAGGCACCUAUGGAAGGAAAACAAAGAGCAGGAAACGGAUGAGGACUCUCUGUCAAUGACAUAUGAAGAGAAGCACCAGCUGAGCCUGGACAUUAACCGGCUACCUGGCAUGAAGCUGGGCCGCGUGGUUCAGAUCAUUCAGUCACUAGAACCCUCGAUGUGUGACAACAACCUGGAUGAGAUUGAGAUUGACUUCGAGACAUUAAAGCCGUCAACGUUGCGUCAACUGGAGCAUUUCGUGAAGUCAUGUCUGCAUAAGAAGUUUAAAAGAGUUCAGAAGAAAAACAGCCAAGCUCCAUCUCAUCACGUCAGCAGCACUUCCUCAGAUUCUGCCACCAGCGUCUCCACUGACUCAGAAAACAGUGACUCGUGACAACUGUACAGAUUUUCUUAUUUUCUUGUUCAUUAUUGUUCUUCUUCCAAACAGUUUUUGAUGAAUGGUUCUUUUUGUAUCAUGUUUCAUUUGUGAAAAAUUAAACUUCCCACAGACUG